GAAAUAGUGUGUAGAUAUUCUCUAACAGACCAAUGGCCCCUCCCUCCCCACUGAAUUUAGCUUAGCUUCCUUCAGCAGGUUAAUCUACUGUCAGAUCCGAAAACAUCUUAAACAAGCUGUCCGGAAAUAUUGCAAACAGAGAUCACUGGCCUUGCUGGGUUUUUCUCUGAGAUUACCGUGGAGUCCAGACUGGGGAUCAGAGAGGCUGAGGCAGCAUGUCCACUGACACAGAGCCCACGUUCACCGUCAAGCUGCUGCAGCUGGUGCUGCUCUCCUCCUACUGGGGGAUGCAGAUAUGGGUUACCUUCAUUUCAAGCUUUGUGAUGGACAACCACUUGAAUAGACAUACUUUUGGGUUCAUCCAGAGUCGUCUUGUACCGUUCUACCUCCACUUGGGUUCAGGUUGUGCCUUCAUUAACCUCACUAUCUAUGCUGUGUAUCAUCCCAGCGACCUGCUUGACGAGAGAGAAGCUUUUCAGAUCUUCAUUUUCUUUGUGUCGGUGACAGUUGCAGCGGUCAAUGCUCAAUGGUUUGGCCAAAUGACAUCAGAGAUCAUGGCAGAUAUGCACCUGAUCGAGCAGGCGUGCGGAUUGGGACAGGACAUCGGCUUGUCAUCCAACCGCGAAGCUUACGCCAAGCUGUGUGAGACCGAUGUCAAAUACAGACACCUGAGCAGUCGUCUGUGGCUGUACAGACUGCUGUCCUCCCUCUGUAACCUCUGCUGCAUAGGCUGCAAUUUCUACAGUCUCUGUUACAUGGCUGAAAACCUCAGCAAACUUUAAACUGACAUAAAGCAGCUGGACUGUUACACGAAUAAUAGUCACUCACAUACUCCUUUUAUUUUUUGUAUUGAAGCAAUAAGUUAUAUAUUUAAUACUUAUAUCUUUCUCUCUCUGCCUGUAAGUUAUGUGAUAAAAAGUAAGGUACGCUUUUUGUGCCUUGGGGAUUCAUAUAAUGGUGCAGCUGCCAAAAAAAUCAAGAUCGCUAAAGGUGCAUUUCUCUCUUAAAGGUUGUAGAUGGAUAAAUCAGUUGCGAUGAGUAAGGCCUCACCUUUCACCUAGUUGGGUUGCUGACUGCUCAGAUAUUUCCCUUCACCAAUAUAAAAGUCGUACCCUUCAGGAACCUAGAACAUGAGGGACGUUUUAAAAGACUUUGUAAUGCAGUACCAGACACCUUUGGAGAAAAAUAAUAGCCAAAUACCUUUUUUAAUCUUAUUUAGCAAAAGAAAGGCACAUUUGUAUCUGUCAUGCUGCUCCGUCCGGCUCCUCCUGUUUGGGUGUGGGUGUUAGCGGUGUGGUGGCACAGGUUUGUCUGGCUCACCUGAAGAGCCGCCAUAAAGUUAACUUUUGACCUAUCUUUAGCUCUCCUGGCUGCUUGUUGCUAGAAAAAGAAGGGUUCAAACAUUUGUGUUAUGUGGUAUACAAUCAUUACUGCUUUAGACCAACCCGAACACAGUUGCACCAGUGGUUAUUUAUUUGUUUAUUGGAAUUUGGAUUUGUUGGUGUUCCAGUGUAUUACCUUGUAAAUUCUGCAUUGGUGUAAAUUCCAUACGUCAUUUGUUGCUGUGCAGUAGUUAUAUUAAUAAUAGUAGGAGUUCCCAGAAAAAACAGUGGAAAUAGUUUAUUGUUGACUUAUUUUGCUUUCCUGUUCGCUAACGUUUUGCGUUACUUUCCAUGUUUGAUUCAGAAAGAAAUCCUUCAGGGCUCCAUAGAAUUUACCUGAAUGAAAUCUGUGCACUCAGCCCUUCUUACUAAUAAUCCCAGUAAAAGCUCUAUGUACAUUGUUACGUUACAGUAUGCCUCCACUGAUCAGAUCUUUAUACAUACUGGUGAAGCAAUUUAAAGAAUUGCAAAGCUGUCAGAUCUGUAUGUUUAAUUCCUCGAGUGUGUUUUGCUUUGUUCUCCAAUACCUCCACAUAACGUAAGUCUGAAUAUGUUCGGACAACACCAGGCGAAAUGAUGAAGCCAUGAUACCAAUUAAAGCCAAAUAUGUUUGUGGGGUACUGGCACAGGAGUUGUGUUCUGUGCUGUACACUUUUCAGGUGUCACCGCCUUUUUUUAGUCAAAGCUUGAAUUUCCUUGUUGUCGUGUUUGUUUUGAGCACAGAUCUGUGGUCUAAUGAUGUAAACAAAGCUCUCCAUGUAUGAUGAAUUCUAUUUUUUGUACCUUCUGAGGCUCUUCUUUUGAUUUGUCCUGUUCUUCUAGUGUGUUUCAUGCGUAAACAAUGCAAUAUUUACUGAUUUUAAAACUUUAUAUGUCCUUUUCAUGUGUUGCCUCACCCAGUUUCUUUUAAUAUAACAUUUGAAUGCAAAUCAGUUGACAGUUUUGUGCAAAAACACAAAAGCUGAAUUAUUUUCUAAAGAUAAUUUUUCUUUGAAUUUUUGACAUGUUUGCCAGUUACUUAAUGUUUUUGUGGUAAUGGGUUAUAAUGUGGCUUGUGUAAUGCUGAAUGUAAGUCGAGUAAAGCAGUACGGUGCAGUGGAAACACUGUAUAAGUAACUAAAAGACCAUUGAGGACAGACGUCAUGAACUGUAACUAGUGUUUGGUAUUAGGUUUGUUUUAUGAAUAUCUUGAAAUGUGUUUUUGUGUAUUAAAAUAUGUCCUAUGUUGGGUGAUUCACCCC